AUGGCGCAGCAAAGCGCACACAUCAAGAAGCUCCAGGCGAAGAUCUUUGGCGGCCAAGGCGAGGCCCCGCCCGUCCCCCUCGCGGACAACAAGGACAAGGACGCGAAGGAAGAUGGCAGCAAACCCACGCGGUCCAACACCGAGCCGCUCACAAUCAAUAUCCCCAACCCCGUGCUCACAGACUCGUCGCAGGCGGGCCCUGCCCCGCCGAAACUCAACAAGCCCGAGGGCGCGCCGAAGGAGGACGAGAAGACGUUCCGCGAGCGGCUCAUGGAGCAGCUCGGCGACCAGUAUCGCGGCGUCGAGAGGUUCCGCCUAGAUCAGGAUGGCAAGAAGGAGGCGCACUGGAAGCGGUGGGGGCCCUAUCUAAGCGACAGGCAGUGGGCGACGGUCCGCGAAGACUACUCGAGCAAUGGCGAUGCGUGGAGCCACUUCCCCCACGAGCAUGCGCGGUCGCGAGUGUACCGCUGGGGUGAGGACGGCCUGGGGGGGAUCUCGGACAAUCACCAGCGACUGUGCUUUGGGCUCUCGCUAUGGAAUGGACAAGACCGCAUCCUCAAGGAGCGGCUCUUUGGCGUUACAGGGCAUCAAGGGAACCAUGGAGAAGACGUCAAGGAGCUAUACUACUACCUGGACUCGACGCCGACGCACUCGUACAUGAAGUUCCUAUACAAGUACCCGCAGAAGGCCUUCCCAUACGAGGAGCUCGUUCGCGAGAACGUCAACCGCGACAGGGAAGUGGCGGAGUUCGAGAUCUUGGACACGGACGCAUUUGCGGAGGACAGGUACUGGGAUGUCUUCAUGGAGUACGCGAAGGACGAGCAAGAUCCCGACGGCGUCUACGUUCGCAUUACCGCGUACAAUCGCGGCCCCGAUCCUGCUACGCUGCACAUCAUCCCUCAACUGUGGUUCCCCAAUACCUGGUCGUGGUCCGAGAACCCUCCUCCCAAACCUCACAUGUCCGCGGUCGGCGAGAAUGUGAUCAAGACCGUUCAUCCUACGCUCGGCAAGUAUAAUCUAUACUGUCUUCCUUCUCCCCCAUCGGUCGACAACCAAGGCCAGAUUGAGAUGGGUCCCAACGGCGAGGUGGAGGCUGUGGAACCAGAGCUGUUGUUUACGGAGAACAACACUAACUACAACCGUCUGUACGGAGGCGACGAACCUGGGUUCUUCAAGACUCGGAUCCGCUCCACUUACGCCAGUCAGUGCCUCCCGGAAGAUAGUCCGGAUGUGGAUGAAGAACUCGGUCCUCGUACUCCCUUCCCUACUGGUCCGUCCUUCGUUAACCCGGAGAAGAAGGGCACCAAAGCGGCAGCCCACUACGUUUUCAAAAACGUUCCGCCUGAAGGUGGAUGUGUCGUCGUCAGACUCAAGCUUACUCCUCACUCGCCCGCUGAGGACCCCAGUAUCGUGGAUGAAUGCAUCUUUGACGACAACGUGGAAGAGCGUCGCGAGGAGGGCAACGAGUUCUACUCCGGACUUAUCACGGGUCCUACUAGCGACGAUCUCAGGCAGAUCAUGCGGCAGGCCAUGGGUGGUAUGCUCUGGACGAAGCAGUAUUACCAGUUCAUUCAAAAGGACUGGUUGAAGGGCGAUUCCGCUCAACCGCCUCCUCCGCCAGAACGGAAAUGGGUUAGGAACAAGGACUGGAAACAUCUGCACAUCGCCGACAUCCUCUCGAUGCCCGACAAGUGGGAGUACCCCUUCUUCGCCGCGUGGGACACCGCGUUCCACUGCAUCCCUCUUGCCAUCGUCGAUCCUGCCUUCGCCAAGAAGCAGUUGGACUUGUUGACGCGCGAGUGGUACAUGAAGCCCGAUGGACAGAUCCCGGCUUACGAAUGGAACUUCGGCGAUGUUAACCCUCCGGUACACGCAUGGGCGACUUUCCGUAUUUUCAAGAUUGAGCGCAAGGUGUACGGUCGCGAAGACUUGUCGUUCUUGGAGCGAGUCUUCCAAAAGCUUCUGUUGAACUUCACUUGGUGGGUCAACCGUAAGGAUACAGAUGGUAACAACGUCUUCGAGGGCGGCUUCCUGGGUCUCGACAACAUCGGAGUGUUCAACCGUUCCGAAGCUCUGCCCACGGGAGGAACGCUUCGUCAAGCAGACGGAACAUCGUGGAUGGCGUUCUACUGUCUGAACAUGCUGAGCAUCGCUCUGGAGUUGGCCAAGCACAACCCAACCUACGAGGACAUUGCGUCCAAGUUCUUCGAGCAUUUCAUCUUCAUCGCCGAUGCCAUGACGUAUCGCGGACAAGGCGAAGACGAGUUCAGUCUAUGGAGUGAAGAGGAUGGCAUGUACUACGAUGCUAUCCAGUUUGCCAGCGGUCACACUAUGCCGCUUCCCGUUCGCAGUCUCGUCGGCCUCAUUCCUCUUUAUGCCACGCUCGUUCUGGAGCCCGCCGUCGUCAACCGCUUCCCUGGCUUCAAGAAGCGCAUGGAAUGGUUCAUCGACAACAGGCCCGAGAUGUCUGAUCGCAACAUGGCCAACAUGAAGGCGAGAGGUCGUGGGGAGCGCCGUUUGCUCGCGCUGGCCAGCAAGGAGCGUCUCAUCCGGAUCCUGGAAAAGAUGCUCGACGAGGACGAGUUCUUCAGCGAGCAUGGCAUUCGAUCGCUGUCGAAGAAGCACAAGGAUCAGCCGUGGGGGAUGGAUGUCAACGGCGAACGCUACGAAAUCAAUUACUGGCCGGGCGAUUCCAAGUCUGGCAUGUUCGGUGGUAACUCAAACUGGCGUGGGCCCAUUUGGCUUGCUGUCAACUUCCUCCUUAUUGAAAGCCUUCAGCGCUUCCAUCAGUUCUAUGGCGACGAGUUGCAGGUGGAGUGCCCGACUGGAAGCGGCGAUUACAUGAAUCUGGUGCAAGUAGCCGAAGAGAUUCAACACCGCAUCAUCCAUAUUUUCGGCCGCGACAUGGAAGGGAAGCGUUCUACGAAUGGCGGUAAUCCGAAACUCGAUCACGAUCCCCACUUCCGGGAUUACGUGUGGUUCUACGAAUUCUUCCAUGCUGACGACGGACGAGGAUUGGGUGCAUCUCAUCAGACAGGAUGGUCCGGUCUCGUGGCGUAUCACAUCCUGCAGAGCGGUGCGACGUGCAGGCUAGCUAGGACUCCGAAGAGUGAGUGUCAUUAUUCACCAUCAUAUGUUUCCGACACAAUCGACUUGCAGUCCGAGUACGACGAGUCGAAGUCGCUGUUAAGCGCACAUAGCGUUGCGGACCGGAACACCCUGGGCGACAUCUCUCCUGAUGCCUUGUAG